AGAAAAGUGAACACACUCAGAUGUAAACAAGAGAAAACAUGGCUUCGCCCUUGAUCAGGUGCUUCUCAAAGGUUGGUAGGCAGGUGUCCCGACCAUGGAGUGUGUGCCAGCAUGGUCUGCGGAACAGAUCCACCCAACCAGACGUGUCUGCAGAGCAGGCUGCUGCUCUGGGGGUCUCCUACCCUCCACUACAGACAUACUCUGAGGAGGAGGGGAUGAUGAGGGAUGCUGUGAACAAGUUUGCACAGGAGCGUCUUGCCCCGUUUGUGUCGAAGAUGGACGAAAACUCUCAUAUGGAUCCGGAAGUGAUAAAGUCCCUCUUUGAACAGGGGCUGAUGGGCAUAGAGAUCGACCCAGAGUACGGAGGCACCGGAUCCACGUUCUUCUCCUCCAUCCUGGUCAUUGAGGAGCUGGCCAAAGUGGACGCCUCCGUGGCCGUGCUGUGUGACAUCCAGAACACCCUCAUCAACACACUGUUCACCAAGCUGGGGACCGCAGCCCAGAAAGAACGCUAUCUCAGCCGGCUGUCAACAGACAUGGUGAGAGACUAA